GUUAACUCCGUCAGUUUUCUGAUGACGUGGCAAACGAAAGUGCUGACUGGACCAUUAAUUUAAUGACAUGCCAACUAAAUAAAAAAUUUAAAGUAAAAGAAUAAUAAUUUAACUCUCAUCCGAGCCUAACGCAGCCAAACAAACCUCCUCCUCGAGGCCCCAAAUCCUCCGCCACCGCCGUAGGUGAUGAGGGCAGCGCCAAUUUUUCCAUCCCUCCCAUCAGAAGCAUACCCAACAAGAAAUAACAACAGGAGCAACAGCUUCAAGCACCGCAACGUCAUGAUCAACACUCUGCUUCUGGCCGCCUGCCGUUUCGACUUCCAUUCCAAUCUCACAUCGUCUUCCUCCCCCUCCUCCGCCUCCACCGCGAAGAUCUUGUCACAGAGCUCGUUGGAUUUCCCCAAGCUGACACUGAGCCCAGUGAUUCCGUUGAAUCAAAGACCCGUUCUUCCAGAACAACAGCUUCUCGUCACCUGCCCCUCGUCGGGGGGGAAGUGCAGCAACGGCUCGUUGUCGCCGUUGGAGUAGGAAGACCAGACGAUUGCAGAAAAUGGAUUCUAUUUGCAUUCCUUGCUGAUGUAUAUGCUGAGAGAAUCCGAGCCUCAGCUGCUGGCUACUACGCUAGAGGCUGUGUUUUGAUUUCCCCAUCCUCGAUUACCGGAGGGUCGCCUUCUCCCGGUAAAUGUGAGAAGAGAUCCAACUCACCGGUGCCAGAGAAACGGCGCAAAUUAAUUACUCGUGGGGGCGGCAACUGUUGAGAAACGAAGGAAUUCGACGUAUGGAAAUGGAUUUGCCAUUGGGGAAUCUGGUACCACAAAUCGAAUGAACCUCCGAUUUCGAUGCGGGGUCCGAAUCGUACCUCGGGAAAUUCCACCAAGCACUUCUAGAGAUCCACCUGGAGGAAAGGGCGUUGGUCUGCCCGGAGACCGGUCGGAAAUUCUCGGUGAGCUCAGGGAUCCCCAAUAUGCUUUUCCACGAAGACGAGGUGUGAGCAAAAUCCCACGGCGGCGCCAAUGGAGUAGGGUUUGUUGGAAGCUUUUGUCUUUACUGUGUGGGUUUGUGAGGUUUGGAUUGCUUGAAUGGGUUUAGAGUUUGUUUUUGCAAUUCUCUGGAAAGCCCACGACGGAAGCAGCUCGUGAGUGCAGGGUGAUAAUUAAUUUUUAUUUAUUUUUGGUCCAGUCAGCAAUUCCGUUUGCCACAUCAUCAGGAAAACUAACAGAGUUAACGGACUUUAACGGAGACUAACGGCAGGUGACUAAUGGUGAAACGAUUCGUAAAGUUAGUGGCGAAUAAGAAAGAAAAGUAAUUCGA